UAAUCGAGCCACACUUGUGUGCGAAUGGACUAAAAAUUUCAUGUUAAUGAGUAUCUCAUUUAAAAUUAUAGGUUUUUAAACAAAUCAAGUCUGAGUUAAACUCGAGCCGACCGAUUGAUGAGCUCCAACGGGAGCUGCUAUGUUCGGCAAUUGCAAAUAAGCUCCACAAACAUUUUCCCAAAUGAAUAAGAUCUGAAAAAAACAGGAUACAGAUCCCAACUCGUCCUUUUCUUUUCCCUUUCACUCCCCCAAAAGCACACUGAAAUUCCGGAAAUGGGCGCCACGGCAAACGGCUCCGCCGCUCAACCCCUCAAAUUCUUGAUCUACGGGCGGACCGGCUGGAUAGGCGGGCUGCUGGGCAAGCUCUGCGAGGCCCAGAGCAUCGAGUACGUCUACGGUUCGGGCCGGCUGGAGAACCGGGUCUCGAUCGAAGCCGACAUCGUCUCAGCCCGGCCCACCCACGUUUUCAAUGCCGCAGGCGUGACCGGCCGGCCCAACGUGGACUGGUGCGAGUCCCACAAGGUGGAGACCGUCCGCACCAACGUCGUCGGCACGUUGACGCUCGCUGACGUAUGCCGGGAAAAGGGUCUUGUGCUGAUUAACUAUGCCACGGGCUGUAUUUUCGAGUAUGAUUCGGGGCAUCCGCUCGGUUCGGGUGUCGGGUUCAAGGAGGAGGACACGCCCAACUUUAUCGGAUCCUUCUACUCCAAGACCAAAGCAAUGGUUGAGGAUUUACUGAACAACUAUGAGAACGUCUGCACGCUGAGAGUGAGGAUGCCCAUCUCGUCUGAUCUUUCGAAUCCUCGUAAUUUCAUCACAAAAAUCACAAGGUACGAGAAAGUGGUGGACAUACCGAAUUCUAUGACAAUAUUAGAUGAACUGCUUCCAAUAUCCAUUGAGAUGGCGAAAAGAAACCUCACUGGAAUAUGGAACUUCACCAAUCCGGGGGUCGUUAGUCAUAACGAGAUUUUGGAGAUGUAUCGAGAAUAUAUCGACUCAAGCUUCACCUGGAAGAACUUCACUCUAGAGGAACAGGCUAAAGUGAUUGUUGCCCCAAGGAGUAACAACGAGCUUGAUGCCACCAAACUCAAGCGGGAAUUUCCUGAGAUGCUAUCCAUAAAGGAGUCCCUCGUUAAGUAUGUGUUCGAACCGAAUAGGAAGACACCCGUUGCUUGAGAAUCAGAGGUUUGGAUGAGUUGUCACUGGAUUUUAUCAUUUUUUUUCUUCACGUUCUUAGUUUCUUUUUGUUUUAGUUGUUGUUGUUGUUGAUGGUUUUUCUUCCUUGUUUCGAUUCACAUGAUUUUGUUGCAAUGCAAGUUUCUUUUUGUUGUUGUUCUUUUGUCUUGUUUCCAUUCACAUGAUUCUGUUGCAAUGUAAUGUCUCUUUUUAUAUACUGAAUGUUGUAUUGAAUCUAUUGAUUGAUUACAUCAAUAAAACUGAUUGAGAUGUUGAGUUGUUUGUGA